GAGAGAGCUGAGUAAACUCCGACCAGUCUACUGAAAGAAAGCAAGCAAGCAAUAAUCUCAAGCUUCUGACAGUUACGCAAAUCAGAUAUAGGAGGCUCAUCCACAGCAACAUAAUGGCUUUCCAGAGAAACCUGCAUUUCCUGGUAUUCCUGCUGCUGAUUGUUAACACUGAGUUUUCCACAGCCCAACACUGGUCCCAUGGUUGGUAUCCAGGAGGGAAGAGAGAAGUGAGUCUAUCUCAAUCUCCAGAUGCUUCAGAAGAAAUCAAGUUAUGUCAAGGUGAGGGUUGCCUGUUGCUGCGAAGUCCACGUAGAGGGAUCAUAAGGAGCAUUGUGAUGGAUAUGUUGGUGCAACAGAUUCAGAAGAAGAAAUGAAGUCUGCCUUGUUUUCAGAUUGCCCC